CACAGGUCCGUGGAGUUUCCAUGGAAUACGCCAUGACUGACCCCACCUUCACCCAACCGCCACCAUCCCUUGCGACGACCAAACGCUCCAUGCGGCAUACCAUCAGUGUCAAGUACUUGGCCGCCCUUCUCUUGUGUGUUGGGUGCGGGCUGGCCAUUCUCUCGUUCGACGUGGCUGCGAUCUCGAUCACUCGCUUCCGACGGCAACAACACGACACCCCGACCAACACCAGCAACCGCAUCAUCAUCGACUGUAUCACCGCGUCGUUCGAUUCCGGACGGACCAACGAGUCGGUCCUCUGCAACGACCGCGGCAAGCCACGACUCGCGUACAUGCUGUACGCCACCGAUGCUCGGACGGUGUGCAACGCAGUGAUCAUGGCGCACAACAUUCGCAAACUGGGAACCCCACCGUCCAUACCGAUCGUGACCCUUGUCGUCGACGACGUCCCCGCGGCGAUCGUUCAACGCCUCACCGAUGCCGGCAUCGUCGCCAUCCCCGUGGCCCACUGGAAGCAAGCAGGUGUGCCGUCGAAUGCCGAGUGGGUCAGUUCCUUGACCAAGUUGCGCAUCUUCGAAGCCCGCGGGUACGACAAGGUCAUCUACCUCGACUCGGACGCGGUCAUUCAGCGCAAUUUAGACCAUUUUUCGAACCAAACGUUUGAAACGAUUGAACGGGCCAUGGCCACGCCGCCGCGACCCGACUACUACGACAUGGACGUCCUUAACGAUCUGUUCCGAACGACGUGCGGGUACCUUCCCAACCACUACGUCGUGCUCACGUACACGAUCGUGGACGAUGUCACGUGGUCGUUCGCGUCCAAAGCCGAGCGCAUCCUUAGCACUUACGUGCACCACUUCUCCCCCGGACUUGGCAUAUUCAAGCCCUGGAACACCCCGCGAUCCGUCCUGGACCACCGAGAGGCAUCGUACGAACCCUUGUUUUACGACCUCUUGGCCGAGUACUGGGACCAUGAAGACGCGAUGUGUGCGUGGUUGCAAGCUGGCAACCACCCAACGGGUGUUGAAAAUGCAACAGAUGGAAUCCACAAUGCAUUGUCAUGA